AUGACAAGCACCAGCUUCCUCUCACUAAUUCUUCUGGGUAUACCUGGUCAGGAAGUCUUCUACCUCUGGAUCUUCUUGUCAUUGCUUUUUAUGUAUUUUAUAACAUUUAUUGGAAACUGUACCCUUCUUAUUAUUGUCAAAGCAGACACAAAUCUACAGAUACCCAUGUAUAUGUUUUUGUCCAUGUUGGCUAUGAUUGAUCUGGGGCUCUCCCUGGUCACUCUCCCAACAGUUCUAGGUGUAUUUUGGCUCCACUCUGUUGAAGUUCCUUUGCGUCUAUGUCUCAGCCAGAUGUUUCUAAUACAUUUCUUUUCUGUCAUGGAGUCAUCAGUGCUUCUUGCCAUGGCUUAUGAUCGAUAUAUUGCAAUCUGCAACCCUCUCAGAUACUCCUCCAUCAUUACUAACCGUCUCAUUGGUAAAAUAGGUUUUCUGGCGGUGAUCCGUGGUAUGGCAACCUUACUCCCUAUCCCAGUUUUACUCCAGAGCUCUGUAUUCUGUAAGAAAAAUAUAUUGUCACAUGUCAUUUGCCUGCAUCCAGAUCUGAUGAGGCUUGUGUGCAAUAGACAUAUGGCUAACAAUCUAUACAGCCUUUUUGCAGUUCUUUCAACCAUGGGGAUUGAUUUAAUGCUCCUUAUUAUUUCUUAUGUUCUCAUCCUUAAAGCAAUUUGUAAUUUAGGUUCCAUGUCUGAGUGUAGCAAAGUUUUCCAUAACUGUGCAUGCCAUGUCUGUGUUGCUCUGUUAUUUUAUACCCCAAUGAUCAGUCUGUCCAUGGUUCACCGGUUUGGUGGUCAUAUAUCCCCUACGAUUAAUGUGCCUAUGGCAUAUCUUCACUUCUUGAUGCCCCCUGCCUUGAACCCCAUCAUGUAUGGCAUCAAAAUGAGACAAAUCCGCCAGAAGAUCUUCCACAAGAUAGAGAAGAUAAAAGAACACUGUCUGGGGAAGCAUUAUAGUUGA